CGGCCCUGCCCCUGUUACAUUCCUCGGAACUCCUCUCUGAGAAUCCCUUGAACAUUCUACAAAACUCAAAUUUUCAUAAUCAAAAUCUUCAAACACCCUAUUUUUUUUUGGUCAUGUGAUGAAAUUUUUCAAUAUUUUCGCUCUAAUUUUUCAGAAACUCUGCAAGUAAUUGAAUCUGACCGCGUGUAUUACCCGAGCAAGAAAAAAACUUACAACGAUGUUUUGUUCCCCUUCCUAGUCUUUUUACUUUUUUAUUUUAUUUUUUUGUCACGUAAAAGAAAAACCUAAAUUGAAGAAACUAUCCUGCUCUCUGCAAGACAUUGAAUCAGCUUGUAUCGCUGGAGGUUUUGUUUACCGGAAUUUGCUCUUACAGUCCAACGGUUUGUGUGUUACUAGUAUUUGUUGGCUUUUGUAACCAGCAAAAGCAAGCAAUCAUGGAUUGGGGUUUUGUGAAUAGAAACUGGGAAAAAUGGGCAUGUAACAAUGUUGGUUUUGAUGGUGAACCAUUAAAGGCUGCUCUCCUAAUCAAUUAUGAUCCAACCGGACCUUCUCGCCUGCUGUCUACAAUUGCAGAGGAGGAAGGGAUAGAAGCAGACCCCAUUGAAGUAGGCGAGUUUGUGAACUUCAUCAAACGAGGCAAUUACCAGAGUGAAAGCUUCUUUAUUGAAUCAAAUCAAUAUGUGGUUACAUCAAUACACGAGAGUUGGUUUUGUGGAAGGUGCAUGAACACUUCAAAGCCUGCGGGUGAAGGAGCUAUAGUAUACAAGACGCCAUCUUUUCUCUUUGUUGCCUUAUAUGAAGGCUCCAUUGGUGCAGCAUCUCGUGCAAUGGCUGCAGUUGAUCGUUUUGCAUGCCAAUUGGAACGAAGAAAUCUUUGAUGAUAUUGUCGUCACUCCCUCCCUCCCUCCCUUUCUCCAUUUCUUAUCUAUAAACUUUAAUUUCUGGAAAGCAGUUAACAUGCAAUGCAGUGUUGGUAGCUUGUGCACAUUUUUUUCCCUAUUAGCUCCUAUCAAUGAAAAGAUUGGAUCUACAUAUUUGAUAUA